UCAUGUAGGGGUGGUUCAGGGUGUUUUCUUUAUCACAUGUGGCGCUGCAAUGCAAAACAAAUAAUUGCUGCCGCAUUGUUCACACCUCUUUCUACACUCCUUAGAUGCUCAUUGGUUAAAGGGUAACAUAUUCAACAGUGUUCUCUGUGAUUGGUCAUUUCCUUACACAACCCCUUGCGUAAACCUUUAAGAUUCUCGUUGUGUAAGAGAAUUUUCUUACAAAUAAAAAAGGCAGGUUCUUCCUCAGACAGGAUCACCUUUAGCCUUAUGAGAUAACCAGGAUCCAGGAUGCAGACUCUCUGGUUGUGCCUUAUGUUCUGCCUGAGUUAUGGGCUGUCCCAGGCAAAGAUGUUCUCUGUAGUCACUGAUACAGUCUUGCCUCCUGAUUCCUUUCAUAACCCAACCCAGCUAAAUUAUGGGAUGGCCGUAACCGAUGUGGAUGGUGAUGGAGACCUGGAGAUUGUGGUUGCAGGAUACAAUGGCCCCAAUCUUGUGCUGAAGUACGACAGCAGCCAGAGGAAACUCGUGAACAUCGCCGUCGACGACAGCAGCUCUCCCUACUACGCCCUGCGGGACACUCGAGGUAACGCCAUAGGUGUGACGGCAUGCGACGUGGACGGAGAUGGACGGGAGGAGAUCUACUUUCUCAACACCAACAACGCUUACUCAGGUCGGGCGACCUACUCUGACAAGCUGUUCAAGUUCCGCAACGGCCGCUUCGAGGACCUUUUGGGGGACGACCUCAACCAACGCCGAGGUGUGGCCAACAAAAUGGCAGGCAGGUCUGUGGCCUGUGUGGACAGGAAGGGUACAGGGCGCUACUCCGUGUAUGUGGCUAACUAUGCCAGCGGUAACGUUGGCCCGCAUGCUCUGAUUGAGAUGGAUGAAGCUUCAAGUGACCUCAGCAAAGGCAUGAUUGCCCUGGUGGAUGUUGCCGCUCAGGCUGGGGUCAACAAAUACACAGGUGGGCGUGGUGUUGUGGUUGGGCCAAUCAUAAGUGAGACCAGAUCCGAUGUCUUCUGCGACAACGAGCAUGGCCCCAACUUCUUGUUCCGGAACAAUGGGGAUGGAACGUUUACUGACAUGGCCAAACCAGCUGGUGUGGAGGACAGCCAGCAGCAUGGCAGAGGGGUGGCCCUGGCCGACUUCAACGGAGACGGCAAGACUGACAUCGUCUACGGCAACUGGAACGGUCCUCAUAGGCUCUAUCUGCAGGGAAGCAACCAGAAGUUUAAGAAUAUUGCCACACAGGCCUUUGCCACACCCUCUCCCAUCCGCACCGUCAUCGCUGCUGAUUUUGACAACGACAAGGAGCUGGAGGUCUUUUUCAACAACAUCGCCUACAGAGGGCACUCCCCCAACAGAAUCUUCAGAGUAAGCAGGAGAGCAAACUCCGACCCCAAGAUUGAGGAGCUGAACGUAGGUGAUGCCGCUGAACCCCAGGGCCGUGGCACAGGUGCCACAGUAACUGACUUUGAUGGUGAUGGGAUGCUUGACCUGCUGGUAGCUCAUGGGGAGAGUGCAACACAGCCCAUUUCUGUCUUCAAAGUUAGCCAGGGCUCGUCCAACAACUGGCUGCGGGUCGUCCCCCGCACGCAGCACGGAGCCUUCGCCCGCGGGGCCAAGGUGGUGGCCUACACCCGCCAGAGCGGAUCCCACACGCGCAUCAUCGACGGCGGCUCCGGCUACCUGUGCGAGAUGGAGCCCGUGGCUCACUUUGGCCUGGGCAGCGAUGUGGUCGUCAGCGUUGAAGUUCAUUGGCCAGACGGCAAGUCCAUGGCCAGGGCCCUACAGGAAGGGGAGAUGAACUCCGCCCUGGAGAUCUCCUAUCCCAAAGAGGGGGAACAGGAUGUGCUGACCUCAGAUUCUCAGUGUGGAAGCGGGUUCACUUUGAAUCAAAAUGGCCGUUGCACAGGUACAAACUAGGCAGCAAAGGAAGAGGACGGGUCUUUAAAUCAGUAGAAUGUGUCCAUGUGGAAAUAUUUUUCACAUUUCUAUCUUUCUGUUUCAUUGAUUUUCUUCCUAAUUUCUGUUUCAAAUGGAGGUGUUUCAUGGGAGAAAAUAAAAGGAUAAUGUAAUGUUUGAUCUGAACAGAAAGUUGUUUUUUUUAAAAGAAAACUUUUAUUUUGCACUAGUUUUUUCUAUCAUUCUUUUGUAUUAACAAACUGUAGCUCUCCACACACUAGUCCAAGAGCUGUUUUAAACACACGUCUGUUUUCUGUUUGAGUCCUAUGUGUUCUGGAUAAUCUGUCAAUAAACAUUUUUUUUUGUUUCAAAACAAACCAAA